AUGUCCUUGAGGAAACGCAAGGAACUGAGACACACAGUUGAAGAUGAUAGUAUAAGGAAGAGGUUUACUCAUUCUGCCCAGAGGCUGAGCCCGAAGAGACAGCAAAGCCAAUGUGAUUCAUUGAAUGAAGACAGUGGACAAUUGCCACCAACUUGUUCACAUUUUGCCUCGGAUAGCCUGAGCUGAAACACUAGGUGAAAAUGACACAGCAAAUGCAUAACUUAAGUCUCCUCCAGACUAAAAAGAACAGUGGGCCGUCUUCUCCAAAUGCUG